AUGUUGCGAGCUGGCGCCCCUGUGAACACUGCAAACAGAGCCACAGGGAACACUGCCUUGGCAGAAGCAGCCAAAGUGGGUAGCGAGGCACUAUACCGCCGAAUCAUACAAUAUCAGGCCAACGUGAAUUGCUCCAAUUCUCGGCAAGAGACGCCUUUGAUGUUGGCCUCAAAAGCUGGACAUGACCAGGUGGUGCGAAUGCUCUUGGUGGCAGGGGCCAAUGCCGCUGCAGAGGCGAACAUCAAACGUGAGAAAGAAUCAGCUUCCAUCCCAGGCAUCAAGCAGCGGCGUUUCCGUCGUUUCAGCCUUGCUGGACUUUGGGAGUAA